AUGGCAGUUAAAACUGACAUGAGCAAGGCAUACGACCGGUUGGAGUGGGAGUUUAUUGAACUGGUCUUACAGCGACUAGGAUUCCAUCAAGUGUGGAUAAACUUGAUCAUGCAAUGUAUAUCCACUGUUACAUAUUCUUUUCUCAUCAACGGCUCGCCUAGAGGAAAGGUAUCACCGAGUAGAGGUAUCCGUCAAGGAGACCCACUCUCACCAUACAUAUUCAUCUUAUGUAGUGAAGUGCUCUCGGGACUUUGUAACAGAGCACAAGAAGAAGGAAGACUACAAGGCGUUCGAAUUGCAAGGGGGUGUCCCCGAAUAAAUCAUCUCCUCUUUGCGGAUGAUACAAUGUUCUUUUUGAGCACUAAUUCGACCUGCCGAGCUGCCUUACGAGACAUAUUACAACGAUAUGAGGAGGCCUCAGGACAGACUAUCAACCCCGAGAAGUCAGCCAUCACCUUCUCGAAGCAUACUCCUUCGGAUUUGAAGCAAGCAGUCAAGGAUGACCUCCAAAUUCAAAAAGAGGGCGGUACUGGAAAAUACUUGGGACUACCGGAGCAAUUCGGUAGGAAGAAGAAGGACCUCUUUGCAUCAAUAGUGGAUCGAAUCAAGCAAAUAGCAAGUGGUUGGUCAACAAAAUUUCUCUCUACUGCGGGAAAAAUGGUCAUGCUGCAAAGUGUUCUCAGCGCUGUACCGUCCCACUCUAUGACUUGCUUUAAACUCCCCAUUUCGCUAUGCAAGAGGAUACAGUCUACGGUUACUCGUUUUUGGUGGGACAAGAGAGAAGGCGAGAGGAAAAUGGCGUGGAUUGCAUGGGAUAAGUUUGCUCAGCCAAAGUUUAGAGGUGGACUUGGAUUCCGAGACUUUGAAAGUUUCAACGAUGCUCUCUUGGCUAAAUUGAGUUGGCGCCUAACUCAACACCCUGAAGGACUUUUGGGACGCACUUUAUUUGGAAAAUACUGUGCAGCGGAGGACUUCUUACUCUGCCCUGAAACGGAUGCGAUCUCCCAUGGAUGGAGAGGAAUAUUGAUAGGACGAAACCUGCUACUACAGAAUCUAGGUUGGGUGAUCGGAGAUGGCCAAGACAUCAAGAUAUGGAGUGACCCAUGGCUCAGUUUCGUAAAACCGGAAAGACCCUUUGGCCCCCCACCAGAGAGGUACACACAAAGUACGGUUGCUGACCUGCUGGUUACCGGAACUACGGAAUGGAAUUUGCAGGAAAUUAGACGUAUCUGUCCUGCCUACGAGCAGCAAAUUCUGAGUAUAAAACCAAGCAAAAAGGGAGCGAAAGACAAAAUGGUUUGGCUAGGUACUAAGUCAGGAGAGUACUCGACAAAAACUGGAUAUGCAGUUGCAAGCCUGUCCCAGGUUGAUGAAGAUGACCAAAACAACCAAAACAUAGUUGACUUCAACUGGAACAAAUGCGUUUGGGGUCUCAACACUGCACCCAAAAUCAAAAUGUUUGUAUGGAAAGCUCUGCGUAGAGCCCUCCCUGUGGGAACUAGACUGAUCGAGCGACAUAUUAACGUCGACCCAAGAUGCAAGAGAUGUGGAGAACCUGAAUCUAUAACUCAUCUUCUGUUCCACUGCCAGUUUGCGAAGGAUGUGUGGCUCGCUGCUCCCUUCAACCUUGGCUUUGACAGUAGCGGAAUUAUAGAUUUAAUGGAAUGCUGGGAACACCUGAAGAACCUAACGUGCUUACCCCCGACAGGUCUAGCUACGGGAAACCUCCCCCCCUGGAUACUCUGGUCGCUUUGGAUAGCCCGCAACAACCUCUGUUUCAACAACAGAACCUCGAAGCCGGAGGACAUCCUCACAAAAGCGAUUGCAGGGGCGAGAGAAUGGCAGAAUGGACAAGAGAAGACACAACUACCAAAAAGGAACCUAGUUCCAGCAAGAACAAGAGAAGAGAGAAUAAAAUGCAGGACUGAUGCGGCUUGGAAAGCUUCUGGAAGUAUUGCGGGUCUUGGGUGGAACAUCAUCGAUGGAAAUGUGCCUCUUAGUUUUUCUGCCUUUGAGCUGAAUGUCCACUCGCCUCUGGUUGCGGAGAGCAUUGCAAUGAGAGAAGCUAUGGCGAAAUGCCUUGAAUUGGGUUUGGACUCUGUCUGCUUUGAAUCUGAUUCAUCUCAGCUGAUAAAUGCCAUAAGUGAAGAGAAGAUACCAUUGGAAGUUUAUGGAAUUGUCUCAGACAUCAUCCUCCUAUCCUCUAGUUUUAACUCUGUUUCUUUUUAUUGGAUAAGCCGUGAUGUUAAUGCGGUGGCUGACAACUUAGCAAAACAAUGUUUGGUGGUUGCAGAGGCUUUUAUGGCCGAGACUUAA